AUGACUAAAAAUCAACGUGAAAGUGAAGCUGAAAAUGAAGAAACUUGUGUCAGUUGCCAAGAGGAUCAUUACCCAAACAGAGGACAGAAUCAAUGCAACACUAAGAUUCCAAACUUCCUUGCCUUUGAUGAAACUUUGGCCAUCAUUUCAACUAUCUCUGCACUUUUGUUGUCUCUGGUCACAGUUCUGGUGCUGGUCAUCUUCAUUAAGCACCGGGAUACUGCCAUAGUCAAAGCCAACAACAGAAGCCUCACCUAUAUUCUCCUCACUUCCCUCCUCCUGUGUUUCCUCUGUUCCUUGCUGUUCCUUGGAAAGCCUAUUGAGGCAACCUGCCUUCUCCGACAAACUGCUUUUGGUAUCAUCUUCUCUGUGUCCCUGUCCAGCAUCUUGGCCAAAACAAUCUCUGUAGUUUUGGCAUUCAUGGCUACUAACCCAGGAUCCAGGAUGAGGAACUGGGUCGGUAAAAGACUGGCUUAUUCCACUGUCCUCUCUUGCUCUGUUGUUCAAGUAGCGAUCUGUGCCCUGUGGCUGGCAACCUCUCCCCCAUUCCCAGAUUUGGAUAUUCACUCAUCAGCUGAAGAAAUCAUAUUGUUAUGUAAUGAAGGGUCCGUCCUCAUUUUCUCUUGUGUUUUGGGCUACAUGGGCUUCCUGGCUAUUGUCAGCUUCAUUGUGGCAUUCCUAGCCCGGAAAUUACCUGACACUUUUAAUGAAGCCAAGUUCAUCACAUUUGGUAUGCUGGUAUUUUGCAGUGUUUGGCUCUCCUUUGUCCCUACUUAUCUCAGCACAAAAGGAAAGUACAUGGUAGCUGUGGAGAUCUUCUCCAUCUUGGCUUCCAGUGCUGGAUUACUGGGCUGCAUCUUUUCCCCAAAAUGCUUCAUAAUUCUGGCGAGACCUGAGAUGAACACCAGAGAGCAUCUAAUACGAAAAAAAAAUAUAAACAGCAGAUGA